CCACCACCAGAGCCCCCAAGCUGCGGGACUCGCUCAUCUCUUUCAUCACGUCUUCACUGCACAACGAGCAGAUCAUCGUCUGGUCUUUUGCCAUCGCCCCCAUUGCUGCUGCAGCCACGGAGGAUCACCAGUAGCCGCUCAACAUUAUUGAUUGGAUCCCCAAUAUGCAAAUUUAACAACCAGUACUGCGCCUCUCUGUGCAUCACAAGCUCCCAGCGGGCAGCAUCGCCAUCAUGUCGUCGGCUCCCGCUCCCUCGACGCCGCAGGACACCACGCAGGUCGCCAGCAUGUCCUGUUUCAUCUGCCGUUCCCGAAAGGUUGGCUGUGAUAAACGUCUACCAGGUUGCUCCAACUGUGAGCGUCUUGGCGUCCCAUGUCCGGGAUUUGACCCUGAGCAAAACUCCAAGCCCAGGAAAGAGCUCGAAGAGGCUGCUGAAGACAUCUUCAAGGCUGCUGGCUUGGAAAAGCGCAAGGUCGGCUCAUGCCAAGCGUGUCGCGCCUCUAAGCACAAAUGCUGCCAAACAAUGCCCUCAUGUCGUAGGUGUAUUCUUCGGCGCGUCCCUUGCGUCUAUCAAACAAGGAGCGUAAGCGACAAGGGUGGCAAGCUCUCAUCCCGCACAGUGGCUCGCAAGGAAGCAAGGAGCGUUAGUCGUGAAACGCCGACUAAGCCUCGCCAACUCGCAAAGAUUGUUCCCCAUCCUGUGUAUAAUAGUGAUGUGACAAUGCAUAGCGAUGAUGGAAUGGUGCAGACACCGAAAGCAAGCCCUGGGUCGUCCCCUUUGACACCUAUCAACGCUGAAAUUGACCUGGCAAGCUUGUAUAGUGAGACCUUGCCACAAGACAAGUUUACUCAAUCAAGGCUUUUACGCCUAUUCUUUUCACGCUCUUCUUCCUUACGAAUCCUCUCCUUCGUCCACGAAAUAUCUUUCAUGGAGUCGUUUGAGAGAGGGACUGCAGUCCAGGACUAUGGAGAGCCAUUAAUCUAUGUAAUGUGCGCGCUUGGCGCAAGGACUAUAUUUUAUGAUCAUCGAGCGGCAAACACACAGCCCGAUCCCUUUGGUGGACGAGAAGAAAUUGCUGGUGGAAAAUGGGUAGAUCGAGCUCGAAAGGAAAUACUCGUGAAUACGCAUGCCCCGUCCAUUCAGCAUCUAAUGGCGAUGCUGCUUAUCUGCGACUACGGACUCCGGCAGGAACAAAAUACACUGGUUUUCACCAUGAUUGCUUUUGUUUAUCGCACUAUUCGACUGCUCAGCUUAGAUACGCACCAAAAUCUUCCGCCAGAUGCCACACCAACAGAGAUUAACAAUCGCGAGUGCGAGAUACGCAUCGUAUGGGCGUGUUAUUUCGUCGAUGCCAUGGUAGGCUCAGGCGUUGCCAAAAACCUCUGCUGGAGAGACGACUACCCCGAAAUCCCUCUACCGUGUGUUGUAUAUGCACCUGAGUAUAUCCAAGCGGCGCCGCAGCACUUCAUGUCAUCCAUUCAAGAUGAAUCUCGUGCAGCACUAAUUUCUGAGCUGGAUUAUCAGUCUAUUUCCCUAUACAUUAUUGGCCUCCGCACUCGAGUAAUGCGAGAGGCGCGAAAUCCGACGCCCGGCCUAGAUCCAUGGCUGGAAGGAUCCGCAUUUCGAUCAAUUUUGACCAAGCUAGCCAUUAUAUACGACAACCUCCCGGCAAAGUAUGAGAUGAAUGAGGCAAAUAUGGCCGCUAUGAGAGCUGAGGGAAUUCUCGGUGGUGUGUUUACCUUACACCUUUUGAUGAAUGCCAUUGUUUUUGAUCUUACUAGAGUGGCUCUGCCUGGAUUCAGCUUUCCACUUGCUGAAUGGCUACACCAGGGGCCCGAGGACUUUCUCAAGAGAUGCCAGCAGCUCUGCUAUAGCCAUGCUGAACAGGUCUCCCACCUCAUUCGUAAAGGCAUGUCCUUUGACAGAGCGACCACCGACGAUGUCUUUUGUGCCGACGCGACACUGGAAUCGGCCAAGAUUCAGCUGAUUUAUACGGCAACUGUGAAUGCAAACCCGCAAUUUAUCCCCAGCGUCAACGCCAAUGUGCGUUCCAGUAUCGAAUUCAUACAAUCUCUCCCACGGAGACGCGAAACAAAAGAACACAUUCUUGGUGGACUUCUCCCCAUUUGUGAACUCUUUGGUUUCACUGCGCUCGUAGAAAAAUGCAAGACCGUCAUUGAUAAUUACGACGCAAACGAUCAAAGUAUCAAGCUGGAGAAUCACACACCAAACAGGGUAAUUACUACACCACAACAGAGCCAGGAAUGGAUUCGCCCUCUGAAUCAUGGCAUUGGCCGGACUCCCGUCAAGCGUGUGCAUGGUAAUGGCAACGAUCAGUUGAAGAGCCUCUCUCGGUUUGCUGGCCAAGGGGGAAUGGAUGAACCUGUACCAAAACCACUCCAUCUUCUUCCAGCGGCGGGGUUGCCUGCUCAAAAUCGGUCCAUCUUCCAGCCGUCAACGGAUGAUUACAGCGCAACAGCAGCAAACAUGUCGGAGAUCAUUAAGCGUGGCGUCCCUGUUUUGACACGCGUGGCGUUGCCACGACCGGGGGAGCUUACAGUGCUUCGCGAAGACGGGCGAACAACAUAGUGAGAUACAAUAGUCUCCAGUCACGUUAUUUGUUCAAUUACUUUUUUAUGUAGUUGAAAGAAAGGCAGGCAGGCGCAAGGGGACUGGUUGGAUCAUAUGAAAUUAGUAUUAUCAUUGUAUAUACCCUUGGUUUAAAUCAUACUAAUCUAUGUCACGUAUUAUAUACUCUCGCCGAUUCUUCAUUAGUCCAGCAUUAAGUAUUCAAAUUCAUCGUAUUCGCGUUAUCUUCCAUUUUACAAGGACUUGUCCUUGAGGAAAUCAAGCAUGCCCUUGUAGGUUACAGUGUGGGAGUAGCCAAAGUUGAGGCCGUGGCCGGCAUCGGGAACAACGGUGGCAGUGAAGGACUUGGCCUUUUGGAAGUUGGAGCGAGAGAUCUCGAGGACAUUGUCGGCCUUGGCAUCCUUGAGCAUGGAUGUAUCCUUGCAGUUUCCGCCGCAGAAAGGAACAUCACGAUCUAUUACAAGUCAGUUUUCGCAGGUCGCUUCGCUACUACUAAGAACAGAAAAUCACUUACCACCAGUGAUGAUGAGAACAUCGCCACCAAACUCAGAUGGCUUACCAACAGGUCCGCCAGUGUUAAGGAGCUCUCCAAGAGCAGCAGGCUGGCCAUUCUUGGUGGCAUCAUCAAGCAUGUCCUCGUCAAAGUCACCAGGGCCGAAGAAGUUGAUGUGAACGCCGAUACUAGAGAAGGGCGCAAUGUAGCCUGUCGCGUACUUGUCUUUGAGGGUGUCGAUGCUGCUGACGGGGGCAAAGUUGCCGCCGAGGACAAAGUAGGGCAUGUAGUUGGGGAACUGCGAGAAUCCCGUAAGGAUGAUGGCGUCAGAGAGCUUGGGGUAGAGACUUGUGAGGCCGUAGCUCAUGAUGGAGCCAAAGGAGUGGCCGACGUGGACGUGCUUGUCGAAUUUGGCAGGGAUGCCACAGGCGUCGCCGUCGUGAACCUUUUGAGUGAGCGCGCGGAGAGCCUCAAUCUCAAGAGUCACCUGGAUCUCGUUGAUGGGGUCCUUGCCGUGGUCGGAUUGCGCAAUGCCGAGGCGGUCCCAAGAGAGCGUGGAGUAGCCCUGCUCAACGGCGCGGUCGACGUAGGAGUAGUUGUAGUUGUUGAAGGGGUAGUCCCAGUAUGAGCGGUCAAAGCCGACGCCGUGGGUGAGGAUCUGGAUGGUCUUGCCGGGGCCGCUGUCAGGCUGGCAGUAGGUAGCGGCGAGGUUGUAGUCGCCGUGGACUUCCUUCAUCUAAUUGAGCAAAAGCCAAUGGUUAGUUUCUCACGAUGCGAUACGGUGUAAUGCGUAGCCUAGAGGGCGAUCUCUUACAUCGCCAGUGAUGGACUUGAGGAAUGUGCUGGCGGGCUGGACCAUCUUCAACAUCAUGUUUGUGAGAUCGGCCUCGCUGUUGGUGGGCUUGAUGUUGAAGACUGUGUUGUUGGCGCUGAUGGAGACCGGGACGGUGAAGUCGUGGCAUUUCUUGGCCGAGACGGCGGCUGCGAGAGCCACGAGAACAACUGAUCUAAGCAUGUUGGGUAUUUCUGAAUGUAGGGUGUACUGAAGCUCUGGAUAAGAAUACUUUGUUUUUUAACAAGUGAGCGUUGGGCAACAGACAAGGCUGAGGUACACUAUGUGGAAGGGUGGUGUGGUGGCAGCUGGGGACAGAGCAGCUUUAUAAUGUGCUCAGUUCAAUUCUCGCAGCUCUUUUUUUCUACAGCAGGACGCCCCAUCUAUGACACAAUGGAUGAUCCAUUCGGAAAUAAAGGCAUUUCAAAUACAAAAAGCAAGUAGACGACAGCACCGGGCUCUGGCUAACUGGCCAAGGGUGUGGGGAUUGCAUCACAAAAGCAAAAGGCUGCUUCCCAAUUGGGUUAAGCACCACCCAAAACACGGAUGCAAAGCCCCAAUUAGAGCAGGCAGAUGCGGCACCGCAAUGAGUAGAGAGAUGUGCGGCAGUGGCUUCAUCCGGGUGAGGAUGCUACCGUAACCAGGCAAGGCCCGCCAAGGUAGAUGACGGGUCGUGACAAAUCUGGGGAGCCCACUAAAAAGUUGAUCGCGGAUGGGCUGUGGACAAGGAUGUGACGAUAUGAUUUGUAUUUCUCAAGGUGAUGUAUGACGCUAGACCACUGCGGGCCCUUGUUUUGUCGCCGGGCUUGCCAUUGUAGUGAGUGAGCGGAGCACAUUUGCCUUGAAAGGAUGACAGAUACGGAUGAACCAGAAUUUCGCAAUGGAAGUAACGGAAGUAAGACUCCGGUUGAUGUGUCUAUGUAUGGGAUGCGCCGCACCCGGCUUAGGCUUUGCGCCUCGUUUAUGGUAUAAGUCACGCCAAGUGACUCUCCAAUUAAGCCAGAAAGCCCUUUGAUGCAGGG